UAAAACUAUCAAAGACAACUAAAGUUAAAAAUCGGUGGACUAUUUGGCAGUUUAUACAUUAGCUGUUGUCAGCGUUGGAUCAUUGGAUCAUACGCACGUGUUGAAUUUAAAUUCGAAUUUGAAUUUAAAAAGAUAGAAAAAUUCAGUGUCUUUGAACGGAAUUCGUUUUUCGUGAACAUUUUCGUUAUUUAAAAAAAAAUUGAUUCAAAGAGCAAGAAAGAAAUUUUAAGAGAAAAAAACCAUCGAAAAAACAGUCUAAAAAAUGACGACGACCCGUGUCAUUAUGAGCAAUCCGUGGCACAAAAUAUCAAAAGCCGAUCGUGACGACAACAAAAUGGAGCUGAGUGAAAUGGUUGCAAAGGUAGCCAGAAAGGAAUUGCGCGAGGAUAAAUUCACACGUGAUCAGUGUCUCGGACAGAUGAGAGACUGGCUAGCAAAGAACGAAGAUGUCCAAGAUGUGCGAAUGGAUGAUGCAUUCUUGUUGAGAUUUUUGCGUGCUAAAAAAUUUAGCGUUCCAAUGGCACAACAGUUGAUGUUAAAAUAUUUGAAUUUGAAGACGAUUUUUCCAAGUAUGACAACCAAUUUGGAUUUUUUAAGUUCGCCGAUGAAGGAAAUUUUUGCUAACGGCUACCUGUACGUUUCGCCAAUAAGGGACCAACACGGACGGAGAGUUAUCUUGGCAAGAGCUGAAAACUUUAACCCACACAUUUGGAGCAGCUCAACUCAAGCAAAAGCUCAUUUUAUUGCGUUGGAAACAUUGUUAGAAGAUCCCGAAAAUCAGGUUCUCGGAUUCACCCAUAUCUGUGAUAUGUACGGAAUAUCCACAGCACAUGUGACUAUCUGGCGUCCAGUAGAUUUUGGCAGAAUUCUUAAAUAUGGAGAACAAUCCUGGCCUGCUAGACAUAAAGCAAUUCAUGGCAUUAACGUUCCAUCGACAGUCAAAUUUGUCCUAGACUUUGCUCGUCGAACAGUGAGCAAUAAGAUGAAAGAACGAUUCACCGUAUACAGUAGCUUGAGCGAAUUCCAUAAAAAAUGUGAUCCUGCAUGUUUGCCCAAAGAACUAGGCGGUACCAUUCCAAUGGCCGAAAUGAUUCAGUGGUGGAUGCGAGAAAUGGCUACUAAACGGGAUAUCGUUAUCGCUUUGGACAAAAUGAAAAUAUUGAGCGAUCGAGGCAUCAUAAAGAAACACGAUAAAAAUUACAAUGUGUCGUUAAGCGCAGUUCACGCUGAUAUGAAAGCUCACAUGGAUUCAGUGGCUGGAAGUUUUCGAAAAUUGGAGGUGGAUUGAUCUUGGAAUGCUCAUUUCAAAGUAAAACGAUUUUGUUAACCUUUUAAGUGUAUACGUUAAGCUUUAGAUAGUUAUUUGAGUUGAUUAAGGCAGGCUAAUUUAUAUUUAUAACGACGAUAAUUAUUUCUUUUUUACAAAUAAAAUGGUAAACUUUAUCACGCAAAUGA